CCUGAAUCCUCCCCCAACCCUGACAAUUUACAUCUACACAAUACCAUCAACAUAACUGAUAUGUCAUGUUACCAAUAAAGACAAGCUGAUAAGUUUGGUUUCAACCUACAAAUACCUACCUGUUUUAGCUUGCAAGAGCCUGUCUGGAUAAUUUAGCUAUCGCCGACAACCCUUAAAGUCGACCAGAAAAAGUGAAAAUGCGUUUAAGGAUGAGUGUUUCAGCCUUUGGCUCCAGAUGUGCUAUAUUCGGAAGAAGCAUACGAAAGAUCUGAAAACUAUAUAUCUGGUGGUCCUACGCGGCAGAAUAAGGAAGAGAUGUGAUCUGCAGCGGUUAUCUCAGAUCUCUCAUUCACAAUGAAAGCUUCCACUUCAUACCUCCUCGCUGCGCUGGUCGCAGGCGUGAGCGCAAAGGACCAAGGAACUUAUGCCGUACUGCGCUUCAAUAAUGCUGGUGGCCAAUUCUCUACGGAGGGUCGAAUGGACCCCAUCGUCAGCCCCGGCUCAGAUAAGACGCACUCUCACGGAGUCAUGGGUGGAAGCAAUUUCGAUGUGACCGUUAGCGGUGACCAGCUCCUGGAUGCCGAUUGCACCAACGCUAAGAUCCUCAACGACAAAUCGAAUUACUGGGUUCCUAACUUAUGGUUUCAAUCCCCGGCCAACGGUACUUUCAAGAAGGUGCCCUUGUUCUAUAUGAACGUCUAUUACUUCUUCGAUGCCACAAACGAUGAGAUUAAAGCCUUCCCUCCGGGCAUCAAGAUUAUGAGCGGCGAGGUUGACAGGAGAACGCCACCGGCAACAGGGGGUCUCCAGCUCAACCCCACCCAAGGCGAGAUUCAAGCAGUUCAGUGGACAUGUCCCACGCAAGAUGCCAACAUUGCGCGGUACCCGGCCGGUUCGGAUGGCACUAAAGCGGGACUUCCGGACCCAGUGAAUGCUGGUGCCGGAGCUGGUUUCCCCGUAGUGAACUGCGAUGGCUAUGCUUCCCCUCUUAGGCAGGAUAUUCACAUGCCUUCUUGCUACAACCCGGAAGCUGGGUUGGACGACUACAAGAACAACAUGGCGUGGCCGACGCCUACCAACGAUGGCAAGGCGGACUGUCCCCAGGGCUGGGUGCAUGUCCCCCAUCUAUUCUAUGAGGUCUACUACGACACCCUGCAGUUCCAGAACGAGUGGACUGCGGAUGGCCAGACCCAGCCGUUUGUGUUGUCGAACGGCGACCGGACCGGAUACAGCUCCCACGCGGACUUCAUCUCCGGAUGGGAUCAGAAUACCCUUCAAAGGAUCAUCGACACGUGCAAUGCUGGCUUCGUCGGAAUGGAUACGUGCCCUGACAUACCAGGAGGCUUGAACACGGAGAUUUGCCAGAUUCCCGCUGUUAACCCCGACCCAACUGAGGCGUGGAUCCCGCAACUCCCGGGAGACAACCCGGUGUCGGGCUGGUGAGCAUAACUGCUUAAUUACUUUCCCUUUUGUUCGAUUCACGGUUGUAUAUAUUGCCUACGGCCGGCCGUCUGUACGAGCAUCCCUUUAUUCGUAUAUAUAUAUCUUACUGGUCCAGAAGGGGAGCAUCAGGUUGUUUAACGCAACUAUGCUGCAUGGAUUACCAUCAUUUUCUAGCCAGGAGUAUGGAAAGACUGUAUAAAUUUACACAAGGGUUGGAUAUGAAAAGGGAUUGAGUAUCAAUUUACU